GCCAACCACAGCCCGCGUCAUCCGCACAGGAGGACACAAACCACGGGAGUGCGCAGUACUGGGGCUGUCUGAGAUGUUUCGGAUGCUCUCACUACUCUCACAUUUGCCUCUACGGUAGUUUGCGUUAAUUAUCUCUAAUUAGCUGAGCGCAGUGGAGGAAGAUGCCGGUGCGCAAAGGGACUCUCCAACCCUCUCCGCUCAGAGAAGGACCUGGAUUUGGAGCUCCAGAGGUUUUGCCUGCGUAGCUCGUCGUGGAAGUUGUUACAUCUGCACGAUUCUCUGCUCUAACCCCGUCGGGUAAAUCCUCAUAGAUGGUAUUUCUGUGCGCAAUUUCAUGGCUUUGGUUCACUGAGGACCAUCCGAAGCGCAGACAUGGCAGUGUCAAAUAUGCUGUUCUCUGACGUAGAAAGUUUUCUGGACUCGCACCCCGACCUGUUCGAGGACUAUCUGAACAGGAAGGGCAACUACAGCAUGGUGGAGAAAUGGCUCAAGAACCACCAGGCGAGCAAGGGUCCGGCGGCCGCGGCGCCCGCCGCCGAGCCCCGGGAGGAGAAGGGCAACGCGUGCAAGGACAGCUGGGCGAGCAAGUGCGACGGUCUGCAGCGGAGAGCGUCUCAGAAGGAGCUGCGCAAAACUUUCGCCAGGUCUAAGGCCAUCAACGUGAACAGGACGUACGACGAGCAUGUGAACUCCAGGGCGCAGGAGCCGCUGACCAGCAUGAGGAGGAGAGCUCUGCUGAGGAAGGCGAGCUCCCUGCCUCCGACCACCGCGCACAUCCUGAGCGCGUUGCUGGAGUCCAGAGUCAACAUCCCCCAGUACCCAUCCACGGCCGUGGAUUUUAAGUAUUACCUUAAAGAACACAGCGAAAGGGAGUUCUUCCUCGAACUCGUGAAAGACAUAUCCAACGACCUGGACCUGACCAGCCUCAGCUACAAAAUCCUGGUGUUUGUUUGUAUUAUGGUGGACGCAGACCGGUGCUCCUUGUUUUUGGUGGAAGGGACUGGCAACAAGAAAACACUGGUGUCUAAAUUCUUUGACGUGCACGCGGGCACCACAGUUUUACCCUCGAUGAACUCGGAUGAAGUUCAGGUGCCGUGGGGGAAAGGGAUCAUUGGUUACGUGGCUGAGCAUGGAGAGACGGUGAACAUCCCCGACGCCUAUCAGGAUCGCCGAUUCAGUGACGAAAUUGACAAGUUGACGGGCUACAAAACCAAGUCCCUCUUGUGCAUGCCUAUCCGCAACAGCGAUGGCGAGAUCAUUGGAGUUGCUCAGGCCAUCAACAAGACUUCAAGUGGGGAACUUUUCACUGAAGAUGAUGAGAAGGUUCUGCAGAUGUACCUCCCCUUCUGUGGUAUUGCAAUCUCCAAUGCUCAACUCUUCGCUGCCUCCAGAAAGGAGUACGACCGGAGUCGGGCACUCCUGGAAGUGGUCAAUGACUUGUUUGAGGAACAGACUGACCUGGAAAAGAUCGUCAGGAAGAUCAUGCACCGCGCCCAGACUCUGCUAAAGUGUGAGCGCUGCUCCGUCCAGCUGCUGGAGGACAUUGAGUCACCGGUGGUCAAGUUCACUAAGUCGUUUGAGCUACUGUCUCCAAAAUGCAGUGCAGACACUGAAAACAGUUUCAAAGACAGCAUGGAAAAAUCGUCCUACUCAGACUGGCUCAUCAACAACAGCAUUGCGGAGCUGGUUGCGUCAACAGGACUUCCUGUGAACAUUAGCGACGCCUACCAGGAUCCUCGCUUCGAUGCGGAGGCAGACCAGUUCUCUGACUUUCACAUUCGCUCUGUGCUCUGCGUUCCCAUAUGGAACAGCAACCACCAAAUUAUUGGUGUUGCUCAAGUGCUGAACAGGCUGGACGGGAAACCAUUUGACGAUGCAGACCAGCGUCUCUUUGAGGCCUUUGUGAUAUUUUGUGGAUUGGGCAUCAACAACACGAUCAUGUAUGACCAGGUGAAGAAGUCUUGGGCCAAGCAGUCAGUGGCUUUAGAUGUAAGGGCACAAAAUCCCAUUGAAUUUGUUUUCAUUUUCCCAUCACAAUUAACACACAGUCUCAGUGAAAUUUGGUUUUACAUUGUCAGGAUGUGCCUCCGAGUCUUAAUUAGCAUGCUUUCAUAUUUUCAUACAUCAUCCAAAAACGGCUCCACUGACCUCCACGUCUGCUCUGUGGGCUCAUGUUCUCAUUCUUCCUCUGUGUUUGCUCUCACCAUGAUGAAACAGGCUGCUAACAUUCCCCUGGUCUGCGAGCUGGGCAUUGAUAAGCUCUCCUUUGAUGAUUUCUCCCUGGAUGUCGACGCGAUGAUAACAGCCGCUCUGCGGAUGUUCAUCGAGCUGGGAAUGGUGCAGAAGUUUAAGAUCGACUACGAGACACUGUGCAGAUGGCUGCUGACUGUCAGAAAAAACUACAGAAUGGUCCUUUACCACAACUGGAGGCAUGCGUUCAACGUGUGCCAGUGCAUGUUUGCCAUGCUAACGACGGCGGGUUUCCAGGAGACGCUGACUGAGCUGGAGAUCUUUGCUCUCAUUGUGGGUUGUGUGUGCCACGACUUGGACCACAGGGGCACCAACAAUGCUUUUCAGGCCAAGACGGGUUCAGCCCUCUCUUUGCUUUAUGGGACCUCUGCUACGCUGGAGCACCACCACUUUAACCACGCUGUUAUGAUCCUGCAGAGCGAGGGUCACAACAUCUUCUGCAACCUCUCCUCCACGGAGUACAGCGACCUCAUGCAGCUGCUCAAACAGUCCAUCCUGGCCACAGACCUCACGCUUUACUUCGAGAAAAGRAACACGUUCUUUGAACUGGUCAGCAAAGGGGAGUACAACUGGAAYGUGAAGGCUCACAGAGACAUGUGCAGGUCUAUGAUGAUGACAGCCUGCGAUCUUGGAGCUGUCACGAAGCCAUGGGAAAUAUCACGCAAGGUUGCAGAGUUGGUGACGAGUGAGUUCUUUGAGCAGGGAGACCGAGAACGACUGGAGCUAAAGCUCACGCCCUCUGCCAUCUUUGACCGUAACAGGAAGGAUGAGCUUCCAGGGCUGCAGCUGGAGUGGAUUGAUGGAAUCUGCUCGCCUCUGUACGAGAGCAGCGGAGCGAGCGUGCACUUUGUGACUGUGAGACGGCGUGUGAAUGGAGAUGUGAGUCAGGUUGAAUCUCCUCUGUAA